AACUCACAAGUUUAUAAAUAAAAGUAAAGUAAAAUAGCAAUUUUUUUUCCUAAGAGCUAUUUAAUAAACGAAAUAAAAUUACUUAUCAGAAUGGCAGCCUUAGGAACAGCGAUAGAUUCUCUCACGGCAGCAAUGAAAUGUAACAUUAUCCCAAAUCAGGAAUACCUUCUUCAGGGUUCCGUUUUGGACCAAUAUGUGGAAGUGCUACUGCAUAGAUUGAGAGGUUUAUGCGAUAAUGUGGAUAGCGGCCCCGAAACGUUCAACGAUCACGAACUCUGUUAUUCUUUAAGGGCUAAUAACGUCAAUACACCAAUGGCACUGCCUUUAAGAGUCAGAAGAGCUUUAGAUGUAAGCGAUGCACCAUUUCAGCUACGUUACGUAGGUCAGCAAGAGUUAGGCGAUAAGAAUAGGCCUACUGUGGUUCGUUCAUGUAUUGACAUGGCAUGUAGUUCUACAAUUAUAGAAUUUCUUAGUGAAUUAGGAUGUAGAUUGGAUUUUGAAUACAUUGCAAGAGGAUACAUGUUCAGGAAAGGAAGAAUGAAGGUAACAGUCUCUAAAAUAUUUAAAAUGAAUGGAAUAGCAAAUAAACCUGGGGAAGGUGUGGAAGCAAUUUCUCAAAGUUAUUUAGUUGAAUUGUCGGUACAAGCACCUUCGGGUCAAGAUGCCAUAGCAGAAGAUAUGAGAGUAUUUGCGGAACAGCUGAGGCCUUUAGUGCAGUUAGAGAAAAUUGAUUAUAAAAGACUAGGGAAUAUGAUGUAAUUGAAACGUUUACAUGGUAACUUUGUUUCCUGUAAUUAUAUUUUUAUAUUAUGG